UCCGCCACCUCUCUCUCUCUCUCUUUCCCUCUCUCUCUCUUCUAUCUUGGAAACUCCUUGUAUCGGUUUCGCUUCCCGUUUCCGGGAUCCGCUGCCCUUUUGGCGCCGGAUCAGAGCUCAUGGGUGCCCUUCAAGGAUUCCUGUUCUCCGAUCGGCUCUCGGCCCUCCAUUGAGUUGACUCCGAGUUUCUUCUCUGGAUUUAGCUGGCCAUUUCAGGGUUCCGGGGCUCCAGUUUGGUUUCCUGGCGAAGAGCCGCUGAAUGCGCGCGCGUUGGUGUCGAUAUUGUCUAUUUGGGCAGUGUUGCGCUGAUUUUGACCUUCGUCGGGUUUCGUGGUGCGUUCGACGGUUAGAUUGGAAAUGGCUGUCUUGGGAACCCUAGGUUGGUCUGGGGUCCGUGCUGCUGAAGGAAGUUGCGGGUCAAAGAAGGGUUUUCUGGGGUGCUUCCUUGGCCUUGCUUAAGCUGGGGGGUGGAGGGUUUCGAUUUCGCUGGCUAUUUGGUUCGUAGGAGUGCAGUGGUGCGAGCGGAUAGGAGCCUUGAGAAUCUCGAUGAAAUAUUCGAACUAUCAUUUGAUUCUGUUGCAGCAAGUGAAGGGUCUUGGCCAGGUUUAGGGCCACAGUGGUGGAUCCGUGGAAAAGUUUGGAUUUUGGUGAUAUGUCGGGAGCUCCUAAGGCCCGUUCCCUCAAUGUGGCCGAUCCCGAUGCAAGGCCAGUCCUUGUACCCGGCGGUAACAAGGCCAGGUCAGUGGCAACCGCUCAAAAACCAGCUUCGAAGCCUCCGAGUAAAACUGAGAGCACUGAGGUUGCAGCAGCUGAUGAGAAGAAGAAGCAGAAGAAGAAGAAGGCUUCUAGUCCUAGGGCGAAUCUACCACAGCUUAGGUCUAGUUUAAGCGCUCCCUCAGCGCUUAGGAGGCAUGAGAUGCUGUUGCAGUCAAACCUGUCGCUGAAUGCUUCUUGCUCCUCUGAUGCAUCCACAGACUCCUUUUGCAGCCGAGCCUCCACUGGGAGGAUUGGUAGGACAAGCUCAACCAGCAAGCGGAGAGAGAGUAUCUCAAGGACAGCCAAGAUUUUGGCGAAGGUGGAGAAGAAUGUUGCGGAUGAUUCAACCAUGCAUCCACCAGAAAUUGUGCAGGGGAAGCGGAAGUGUACUUGGGUGACACCCAAUACAGAACCAUGUUAUGUUUCUUUCCACGAUGAAGAAUGGGGAGUUCCAGUCCAUGAUGAUAAGAAAUUAUUCGAACUUCUUGUACUAUCUGGUGCAUUAGCAGAGCUUACAUGGCCUGUUAUCCUUGGCAAAAGGCACAUGUUUAGGGAAGUUUUCUUGGACUUCGAUCCUGUUGCAGUCUCUAAGUUGAAUGAGAAGAAGAUUGUAGUGCCUGGAAGCACUGCUAGCUCCCUUUUGUCAGAGCCAAGGUUGCGAGCCAUCAUCGAGAAUGCACGCCAGAUACUCAAGAUAAUAGAUGAGCUUGGAUCAUUCGAUAGAUACUGUUGGAGCUUUGUGAACUACAAACCCAUUGUCAGCAAAAUCCGCUAUCCACGUCAGGUUCCUGUGAAGACACCGAAAGCAGAUGUCAUAAGCAAAGACUUGGUUCGAAGGGGCUUUCGCAGUGUGGGCCCGACAGUCGUAUACUCCUUCAUGCAGGUAGCUGGACUGAUGAAUGACCACCUCAUCAGCUGCUUCCGUUUCGUUGAGUGCAUAGCUGCUGCAUCCUCGAGCACAGAUGAAGCUGAUCGGGCUAAGGGAAGACUCGACUCCAAAGUAGAAGAUAAGACCAGUACAGAUCAGGAACCGAUGGUAGGGAUCGCUGUGGAAUUGUCAAGAGAUGUGGAUGAGCUAAGCAUUUCCUAGCUGUUUGUGAUGGUGAGGGAACACAUGUCCAGAAUUAUUUGCGGGUCCCAGUGGCUAUUGGUGUUGUCCUCUCAGUGGUUGGUGGUGGGCACAUUUAAUUUACUUGGUGGUGGACAAAUGAUUGCUCUGCUAUCUAUCAUUUGCCCAGCUCAAAAUCAUCUCAUGGAUCUCAUGAUAUCUUUAAUCAGAUACCUCUGCACUGGUCAAUCUGAUUAAGAUCUUCUUUUUUACUGGGAUUAAAUAUAAAACACUCAAUUUGGGUGACAUGAUUUUGUAAGGACCAACAACCAUUUCCUGGUGAUUGGCUUGUCCUGGAUUCCAUAUCAGACUUGGCAGAACAUGAAGUAUGCCAGCAAUUCA